UAUAUUGCAAUCGCCACCGCUUCUCGCUCUCCUGACCGCCACCGGAGCUCGGCCGCGCUCAGCCACCGUCUGCUGCGUUUUUUGUCCGUAUCUCAUGUUCCAGGGCAUCCUAAUAUCAUCAUAAUCCUCCUUCGUCGAGCUUCAAGCUUCAGUCGCCGAUAACCCUAAUCCCCAUUCCUCUGUGAUUAGAAUUGCCGAAAAUGUCUAAUGCUGAAGAAGUAAAGGUCUCACUGAAAGUGAUGAUGAACAAAGAGAAAUCUAAGGUGCUGUAUGCAGAAUCCGAUAGCCAUUUUGCAGACAUUGUGUUGAGCUUCUUGACUUUGCCGCUGGGAAGGAUUGUGAAGGUUCUGGAGAAACACUACGGAGAUGAUGCACCCACCAUUGGAAGCUUACACAAUUUGUAUCACUGCUUAGCAAAUUUUGACAGCUCCCAUUUUGUGACGGAGGGUGCUAAGCAGGCUCUGCUCUAUUCAGCAAGUUCGUUCGAAGCUGAAUACAGAAUGCUGAAAGUGGAUAUCAGUGAUUCUCCGCCUGCUGAAUACUUCUUUUGUGCCGAUUGCGACGACAAUGCAUUUCGUUGUGAAAGCAUCUACUACGAUGUCAUUGAUUGCACCUUUUACGGUAAUAUGAUGAUUAAAGUAGUUGGGAAGAUUUAUGAAGCUGAUGCUCCUAGUGAUGGCGUUUUGACCAAGCAUACAUCAUCUUUCCUAAUCUCUAAUGAUCUGCACCUACUACCAAAGGAUGCAAGAUUCGUAACAACUAUAGGAAUUCUUGGCAUUACUGCUACAGACAUGGAUAAUGCUGAGUCAAUCAAAGUGGAUUUUGGGUUAAGUGAGAUUAUGAAGUUGUUCAAGGCAUCCUUGACGUCCCCAACUCCACUGUCGGACCUCAUCCUCAACAAAACUACGGCACAGAUGAAUAACACUCCAGUUGUGGGAUCUCAACAGAACGAAGAUAAGCGCUACUAUGGGGAUGUUUCUUUGAACGUGAUUGUUCAAAAAUCUACAGGCAAGUUGUUGUGUGUUCAAGCUAACGAAAAGUUUGUAGAGUCUCUGUUUAAUCUCCUCAGUAUCCCACUAGGAAGAGUUGAGCACCUUCUGGCUGGUGAUACGUGUUUUAAGGCUGUAAAUAACUUGUAUCGGAGCACUGUCGAUCUUAUUGAUAACGAGCAUUUCAAGAACGCUCGUGCGAGAAAUAGGGUAAAGGAACCCAGUGUGCCUCAUGGGUGUAUGUCCAGAAACCUCUACAUUCUUGGCAUUACUGAAGAUUGGCCUUGGUACAUGAAUAAUGAUAACAAAAACAAUAAUUCUGUUAUGUUUCCUGAAGGCAAGGGGAUUUAUCUCCAAGGACCAAGAUCCUAUAUAGUUAAGGAUGAUUUAACUGUUGAGCCCUAUUGUUUUGUCACGCUCCUUUCCAGAUUUAGAGAGCUGAAAAUUCCUGCAUCUGAUUUGGAAGAAGUGGAGCUGAAAAUGGGAAAGAAAGAGGUUUUGAGCAUACUGAAAGCGUCUCUUACAUCGACUACGGUUCUCUCCGAUGCUCUGCUCACUCUUUUACCCAAAAAACAACCAAAGAGAGAAGAACUCUGAAUCUUCAUCUUCAUCUUCAGUUUGGAUUUUCCCUUUUCUAAGCAAAUUAAACUUGCUGUAGAUUAGUUUACUCGUUUUGAAUAUGGCCCUUUUUAUCUUAUUAUCAAACAUUUUGGCUAAUAUAUAGUAUCUCGCUCGUUAUCCCUAAA